AUGGUUGAGUAAACUAAUUAAAACUUUUCAACAUUAUCUAAUUCAUACAAUCCAAAAUUAGAGUUUGUAAAUACUGCUUACAACUCAUUCGAGAUUGAUGAAAAUAUCGGAAAUAAAGUUAGACAGGUUCCAGGUUAUGUCUACUCAAAAGUUACACCAACACCUUUGCUCAAUCCUAGAAUAGGAUCUUUAAGUUAGAGAUGCUUAGAAAUACUUGGCUUAGACUAUGAUAAGAUCUAUUAAAAUUAAGAGACUAAUGAUAGAUUUGCAGAGUUGCUUUGCGGUAAUGAGCUUUUUGAAGGAAGCAUACCAAUUUCGCAUAAUUAUUGUGGUCACUAAUUCGGGGUAUUUGCAGGAUAACUUGGCGAUGGAAGAGCAAUAUCACUUGGAGAUAUAAAGAAUGCUAAAAAAUAAACUUGGGAAUUAUAGUUUAAGGGAGCAGGGAAGACACCUUAUUCUAGAACUGCAGAUGGCAGAGCUGUCUUAAGAUCAUCAAUCAGGGAAUUUUUAUGCUCUGAAGCUUUUGUAUAUCUUGGCAUUCCAACAUCAAGAGCAGCUUCAUUAAUAGUAAGUGACACCAAAGUGCAGAGAGACCCUAUUUACUCUGGCAAUGUAAUUUUGGAGAAAUGUGCAGUGGUAAUGAGAGUGGCACCCUCUUUCUUCAGAUUUGGAAGCUUUGAAAUAUUUAAAAAAUAAGACAAAUAUUCUGGAAUGGAAGGGCCUUCUCACGGAAUGGAAAAUGAGCUAAUGCCAUAGAUGCUAGAAUUUCUUUUUAAGAACUAUUUUCCAGAAAUUUACUACAAAGUACCUUCUUUGAAAGAUUAAGUUGAAUUGUAUAUUUAAGAAAUUACCAAGAGAACUGCAGAGCUAGUAGCUCACUGGUAAACCAUAGGUUAUGUUCACGGUGUUUUAAAUACUGAUAAUAUGAGUGCUUUAGGAUUGACUAUUGAUUACGGGCCUUAUGGAUUCAUAGAGCAUUUCAAUCCAAAGUUUAUUCCAAACUACAGUGAUAAAGAAGGUCGAUAUUCAUAUGAAAACUAGCCAUCUAUUUGCAAAUGGAAUUUAAAUAAAUUGGCUGAAGCUCUUCACCCUAUCAUAGAUAUGAGUGAAACAAAGAAAUAUAUAGAUGAUAACUUCGAUGCUUUAUACUCUGCUAAGUAUCUUGAUAAUAUGGGAAGGAAAUUAGGGUUUGUAUUAAAUGAGUUGAAAGACAAGAAAAGCUUAGAAGAUUUGGAAUAUGAGUGCAUCAAGUCUAUAUUUGAUGUGAUGAAAUAAACUAGUUCAGAUUUCACAAACACAUUUAGAGUGCUUUCAAAAGUUUCUAGGGUAUAAGAACUAAAUGAUUCUGAUAAAUAAGUAAUUGAAGAUCUUGUUAAGUAUUCAGCUCCUAUCGAACAUGUAAGAGCUCAACGAAAGCCUAAAUACUCAGCUGGAGCUAUUGUUAGAAUUAAAUAAUUACUCGAUUCAAAUCCAAAUGCUCUAUAUAUGUUCGGAAUUGAUCCAGAAGAAGCUAGAAAAGAGAUUGAUGAAAUUGAAAACUAAAGUAAACAACCUUAAUAAUCUUAAUAAGAGCAACUAGAUCAAAAUAGGGAGCUUUGGACGAAGUGGGUGCUGUUUUAUAAAUAAGCAUUGUCCAAUAUGGAUGCUUCAAUUUCUGAUGAGAUUAGAAAGAAAUCUAUGGAUUCCCAUAAUCCCAAAUUUAUUUUGAGAAAUUACUUAAUGGAAGAAGCAAUCAGACUUGCUGAGAAUGAUGAUUUCUCAAGAGUAGACGAGUUACUUAAAAUGGCUUAUGAUCCUUAUAAUGAGCAAAAUGUCUCAGACAUUAGUACAUAACCUCCACCUUCAUGGGCAUAUGACCUUUGUGUUAGCUGCUCCAGUUGA